AUGGGAACCCGGGCAUUUUCCCAUGACAGUAUUUUUAUCCCUGAUGGGGGAGCAGAAAGUGAGCAGACAGUUCAAGCAAUGUCACAGGACAACAUCCUGGGCAAAGUCAAAACUCUUCAGCAACAGUUGGGCAAGAACCUCAAGUUCGGGCAGCCGCCACCCAAUGCCGUUCCCAUGAAGAAGGGAGACAGUGGAGAGGCUAGCUUGGAAGACGACCUGUUCCCGACCAGUCCCAUGGAGAUUGUGACUAAGCAGGACCUCGUCCUCUCAGACACUGAGAACAAAUCCAGUGAUACGCCAAGUUCUCUCAGUCCUUUGAAUUUACCUGGAGCUGCAAGUGAGAUGGAAGAGAAGGUUGCUCCAGUUAAACCUUCUCGGCCAAAAAGGCACUUCUCUUCUGCUGGCACCAUUGAAAGUGUCAACCUAGAUGCCAUCCCCCUGGCCAUUGCUCGCCUGGACAACAGUGCUGCCAAGCACAAACUGUCUGUCAAGCCAAAAAAACAGAGGGUGUCAAAGAAGCACAGGCGACUUGCCCUGGAUCGACAAAACGAGCAAGAUAGCCUGGAGAGCCAGUCAUCCCUGGACCAGAACGGACACCCGGGAGAUGGCAAGCCGAUCUGGCAUGAAGAGGAACCAGAGCCGCUGGAUUCCGAGGAAGAGAAAAGACGCCAGGAGGAAUACUGGCAAGAACUCGAGGCCAAGUGCAAACGGCAGAAGGCCGAGGCGGCAGAGAGGAGACGCCUGGAGGAGCAGAGGCUGCAGGCCCUGGAGAGGAGGCUGUGGGAGGAGAACCGGAGGCAGCAGCUCUUGGAGAAGGACGAGGACAAAGAGGGGAAGGAGCUAGAACCUCCACUGGAGGUGGAGGCGGAAAACAGGAAGCAAGAGGAGGCGAGGUGGAGGUGGGAAGAGCUGGACAUCCCAGACCCGGAGAGGAAGGAGCAAGAGGGAAAAGAACUCCUGGAGGCUGAAGAGCGGCAGCAGGAGGAGGAACUGGAGGCGCAGAGGCAGCAGCGAGAAGAAGAGGAACGCCGAAGGCUGCAGAGGCGGCAGGAGGCUGAGCAGCAGAGGCUGAAGGAGGAGGAAAGGAGGCUGGAAGAAGAGAGGAGGCGCGAGGAGGAAGAGAAGCGGGCGACGGAGCGCAAGAGGAUGGAGGAACUGGAGGCGCAGAAAAGGCAGGAAGAAGAGGAAAGGAGGCUGGAGGAGCUCAGGCGGCAGGAGGAGCGGAAAGAACAGAGAAGACGGGAGGAAGAGGAGCAGAGGCGGAGGGAGAAAGAGGAAAAACAGAGGCGGCAGGAAGAACUGGAGGCCCAGCGGGGCUGGAGCCCCAACGGGAGUGAAGAGAAACCGGGACAUGAACACGCGAGGGCCAGGACGCAAAGAGAUAGCUCCGAGGAGCCAAGUGCUGAGGAGGAACCGGGCUCAGACGCCAUGCCAGUCAGACAGCAGGCGGGAAAGCGGGGGCACGGGCCAGGGGACGACCAUCGCAUACUUCCAGCCCCUAAACCUGAACCUCCCCUGAAAAAGGAGGCCCCGAGGGACGAAAUGCCGGCUCCAGUGGAAAAGAAGGAAGCAGUGACUCCGGAAGCGGACCGCAAGGUGGAGGAACUGCGAUGGCAGGAGCUGGAUGAGCGGCAGUCCAUGCCCAGGCCCUACACCUUCCAGGUCUCCUCUGGAGGGAAGCAGAUCCUCUUCCCCAAAGUCAACCUGAGCCCAGUGACCCCCGGGAAGGAGGCACCCCAGGAAGCCAAGGCCCACAAAGCCAGCAGCCCGGCCCCGCACGCCCUGCCCUCAGCCCUGAGCAUCCCGCACACCGCCAUCCUGGUGACAGGAGCGCAGCUCUGCGGCCCGGCCGUGAACCUGAACCAGAUCAAGGACACGGCGUGCAAGUCCCUGCUGGGCUUGUCCGAGGAAAAGAAGCACACAGACCUCCCCGCCGUAGAGAACCCGCCCCGAACCCCCAGCGACCCUCGGCCGGGCGGCGGGAAGGCCAAGGCGGCGCAGGCGCAGGAGCCUUCGGGCGGCGGGGCGGCCCUGGCCGAGUGGGCCUGCAUUCGCUCCCGUAUCCUGAAGACCUCCGAGAGUGACCAGCGCCCCGAGAGAGAUCAGAGGGCUGGGGACGAGCCCCCCACUCCCAGGAGCCGGAGUGAUUCCCGGGGAAACCCCCGCAAGACGCCACCCGUCAAUGCGAAGUUCUCAAUUAUGCCUGCCUGGCAGAAAUUCUCCGAUGGUGGCCUGGAGGCCUGCAAACAGAAUGCAGAUGCAGAGGGGAUUCGCAAAAGAUCCGUGCCAGGACCCAGUGAAGACACAGAGCCCCUGCCUCCGGCCAAGGCACCCCAGGAGCCCCAGAAGAGUCCCGAGAAACUGGGGGUGCACCGGGAGCCAGCCGACACCACCGACGGAUGCAAAUUUGCCAAAGACCUUCCAUCUUUCCUUGUCCCAAGCCUGCCUUCCCCUCCGCUGAAACCGGGGACCCACGCGGAGCCCAGGAGCACCUCGGAGAGCGAGACUACGAGUGGGUCCAGGAAGCCGGACCAGGCAGUGUCGGGCGGGGAGGAAAAAGCCUCCCCUUUUGGAAUCAAAUUGAGGAGGACCAACUACUCCCUGCGCUUCCACUGUGACCAACAGACAGAGCAAAAGAAGAAGAAAAGGCACAGCAGCAUGGGGGACAGUGCCGAUGGUGGCGCCCCUGCCCCCGAGAGCACGAGUGCAGAGAAGGAGACAGAGGGGGCAGCCAGCAAGCACGGCCCACCCCUCACACAGGAAAGGAAGCAGGUCCCCGGCACCAGGAAGGACUCUGCAGAAACCCCUUCCACGAGCUCACCUGUCGCUCAGCCCAUGUCCCCUACACCCAGCACUCAGUCCCCAACCGUGGAUCACGACAAGGUAGCAAAUAAAACGCCAUUGGUGCAGAAGCCAGCACUGGCUCCCAAGCCCACCAGCCAGACCCCACCAUCCUCCCCACUGUCCAGACUAAGCAGGCCCUACCUGGUGGAGCUGCUGGCCCGCAGAGCGGCCAGGCCUGACCCGGAGGCCAGCGAGAAGGCCAAGGAGAUCAGUGAGCCUUGUCCACCCUCACCAACACCCUCAGAGGACAGGAAGGGACAGAAGAAGAACGAGGAGGAAGAGGCGCCAGAGAGAAAGCCCUCGUCCCCAGCUUUGCCUGCUGCUUGCCAAGAGAAACCUUCCCAAACACCGGAGGUGGGAAGGAAAGAAAAGCCAGUGCUUCAGAGCAGGCACUCUCUGGAUGGCUCCAAACUUGUGGAGAAAGCUGACACCGCACAGCCUCUGUGGAUCACGUUAGCAUUGCAAAAACAAAAAGGGUUUCGGGAGCAACAGGCAACUCGAGAGGAGAGGAAGCAAGCCCGAGAAGCCAAGCAAGCAGAGAAGCUCUCCAAAGAAAGCGUCAGUGUCAGCACGCAGCCUGAAAGCAGUAUCAGCAGAGCUGGUUCUCUGCACAAGUCUGCCGUUCAGCCAGCAGAAGAAAAGAAGCCCGAGACAGCGGUGGCUAGACUCGAACGCAGAGAACAGCUGAAAAAGGCCAGCACACUGCCGACAUCUGUGACAGUGGAGAUCUCAGAUUCGGCUCCCCCCGCGCCGCUGGUGAAAGAGGUCACGAAGAGAUUCUCCACACCGGAUGCCGCCCCUGUGUCAACAGAACCAGCCUGGCUCGCCUUGGCCAAAAGGAAAGCCAAGGCCUGGAGCGACUGUCCACAGAUUAUUAAGUAA